AAGCAAGAAACCCCAUAAAGUCCUCCAUCUCCCCCCCCCUUACCUACCUCUCCCAUCAAGAAAGCACCAUAAAAAAUCUCGAUUGCAACUCCAAAAAUGUCCACAGCUGCCUCCCAACUCCCACCCUUGACCAAGCGCCCUAUACCGCAUACCAUCUGCCUUUUUGACGUUGAUGGAACGCUUACUCCAGCUAGAGGGGUGAGUUGAGCUAUGACCUUGUUUUUCCCCGCACUUUUGUUUCGAAACGAAACGAAAAAAAUCUCGACUUCAAAGGUCAAGGUGAAGAUUGCCAAUAAUGAUAAUGGGAUGUGCAGGCCGUGAGUCCAGAAAUGCUAGCCCUCCUACAAAAGCUUAGGACAAUGGUAGCUACCGGGUACGUUGGCGGAAGUGACCUUGCGAAGCAGCAGGAGCAGUUGGGUGUGAAUGGAUCGAAUGGUAUUUUCUCCACCCUGCGUCCUCCUUUUAUUAUGAGCCGGUAAUUGAUUGAUGGAUGGAUGGAUGGGCAAUGCAGUUAUCGACAUGUUCGACUACUGCUUCGCCGAGAACGGCCUCACCGCGUACAAACUCGGAGAAGCCCUGCCCAGUACUAGCUUCAUCAACUGGCUGGGUGAGGAGAAGUAUAAGAAGAUGGCGAACUUUAUCCUGCACUACAUUGCGGAUUUGGACAUACCGCUCAAGCGGUUAGCUUCGCACCUUCCCCUUCGAGUAAUGAGCUGGGUCAGGUGGCUAACAUGUUUUGUUGUAGCGGAACAUUCAUUGAAUUCCGUAAUGGGAUGAUCAACGUUUCCCCCAUUGGGCGUAAUGCUUCGUACAUCCCCUCCUCCUCCUCACAUUCUGGGGCGCUUUCUGAUGAACGGGAAAACAGAACCCAAGAACGCCACGACUUUGAGGCCUACGACAAAAUCCACAACGUUCGCCGAGACUUUGUCGAGGCCCUUAGGAAGAACUUUACGAAUUAUGGACUGACAUACAGCAUUGGUGGGCAAAUCUCUUUCGACGUGUUCCCUACCGGGUGGGAUAAGACCUAUUGCCUCCAGCAUAUUGAGAAGGAGGGCGUGUUUUCGCAUGUUCACUUUUUUGGGGACAAGACCUACAAAGGUACGCCUCUCUUCCCCGAUUGUGUAGCGGUGGCGGUGGCAGUGGUGGAUAGGAGCUGACGCGUUGAUAAAGGGGGGAAUGACUAUGAGAUUUAUGAGGAUCCAAGAACCAUUGGUCAUUCGGUCACGAACCCGGAGGAUACUAUGAAGAUAUUGAGGGAGCUGUUCAAGUUGUAAAUUUCUUUUCCUCCUCACGAGAUGUAACGGGGGGCCGAAAAAUAGUCCAUACCCCAUCCCUUUCGAAGUUCAGAGCAGACCAAAGAGGAACAAAUGGGGGGGGCGAUGGUGAGUAUCUUAAAUCAUUACUGUAGCUAUAAUACGUAGCAUACGUAGCAAGAUAUAAGCAUAAUGCAAAACUUCACAUGGUAAACCCAUGGCUCUUACUCCCGCU